AUGAAUUCAAAAAGAGAGAAACAAGAGAAUAUCACGAAUGGAGAGCAUGCCGAGAAGAGCCAUCAGGCUCAAAAGACUCCAGGAAAGAUUGACGAAUCCGAAAAGAGCCGACAAAAACAGAAGGGUACAGAAAAACGACGUGGGUCAGACAAGAGUGUGAAGAGUCAAAGGAACAGCGAAAAACAUGAUGAAAAGAGGGAAAAGCUUGGUGGUUUGAUCUUCAUGUGCAGUGGAAAGACAAAGCCAGACUGCUUCCAUUACAGUAUCAUGGGUGUUUCAAUGGGUGAGAAAGACCUUGUGUUGGGUAUCAAACCUGGGUUGAAGCUUUUUCUCUUUGAUUUUGAUCUUAAGCUUUUGUAUGGGGUUUACAAAGCAUCCUCUUCAGGUGGACUAGAACUCGAGCCAAAAGCAUUUGGCGGGGCCUUCCCUGCUCAGGUGCGGUUCAACGUGGAGAAAGAUUGUCUUCCUCUACCUGAGAGCGUUUUCAAGAAGGCAAUACAAGAAAACUAUAAUGAGAAAAAGAAGUUCAAAACAGAACUUACAGUUCGACAAGUCAGGAAGCUCACAUCACUUUGCCGACCAGCUCAAGUCCAUUCAACUGCUCUAGCCACUCAUUCUCCAGUCCAGGCUAAAGUUCAGGAUCGGGGAGUUCAUGAAGGAGCUAGGGAAUAG